CCUCGCCUCGUCCGGCGAAGAGGCGAGCGAGGAGAGGGAGCCCCUCGCCCUGCCUUCCUUUUGCCUCCUUCCUUCCCUCCUUGCCUGCCUGCCUUCCUUCCCUUCAGCAGCAGAAACAGCAGCAGCCACCGCUGCACCAAGGAGCGUUGCCAAAGGAACGCAAAUUACCCCUGGGAGCGAAGAUAGAACAGCCCAGCAUUGGAAGGGAAAAGGAAGGAGGGAGGGAAGGCGUAUCAACAAACACAACAAACACGCCGGGAACUGCACGAGGGCACUCGAUUUCCCCCCGCAGCCCCUCAAUGCAGCCUGUCUCCCGAAAGCGGGAGGAAAGCGCGGCUUCUCUUGGAAGCGACUCUUCUGCAAGGAAGGGGUCUGGGCUUCGCCGGCAUGCCUGCAGCAGCGCUUGGGGGCACCAUCCGUGCUGACAAACCCCCUGCCUAUUGAAAGCUCGCCUGGAAAGUUUGGGGUUGCUCUCUCCGCCCAAGCAGGGAGCGAGAAGGCACCCCAGGAAAUCCUCCUGGAGCGAAUACAAGGAUACAUCUGGACGGCGUUGGCGUUUCCUGGCUUUCCUGGACGGGUCCAAGAUGCUGUCCUACAGCGUCCUGGAUGCUAACGUGGUGGACGUGGAGAAAAGACGAAGCCCUUCCAAGCAUUAUGUAUAUAUCAUAAAGGUAACAUGGUCCGAUUCAACUUGUCAGACAAUCUACCGCAGAUACAGCAAGUUCUUCGACCUCCAGAUGCAGCUUCUGGAUAAAUUCCCUAUUGAAGGAGGCCAGAAAGAUCCCAAGCAGAGAAUCAUCCCCUUUCUCCCAGGUAAAAUCCUGUUCCGAAGAAGUCAUAUUCGAGAUGUAGCUGUGAAGAGACUAAGGCCCAUUGAUGAUUACUGCAGGGCAUUGGUGAGGCUUCCCCCUCACAUUUCUCAGUGUGAUGAAGUUUUUCAGUUCUUUGAGACCAGACCAGAAGACCUAAACCCUCCAAAAGAGGAUUAUGGAUCCUCAAAAAGGAAAUCAGUCUGGAUGUCCAGCUUAUCUGAUUCUCCAAAGAAGGCUGUUGCAGGUGCUGACGCUAGCUCUGAACCUAUGAUCCUGGAGCAGUAUGUGGUGGUGUCAAACUAUGAGAAACAGGAGAACUCGGAGAUCAGCCUGCAGGCUGGAGAGGUGGUGGAUGUCAUCGAGAAGAAUGAAAGUGGCUGGUGGUUUGUAAGCACGUCAGAAGAGCAAGGCUGGGUUCCUGCCACAUACCUAGAAUCCCAAAGUGGAGUUAGAGAUGAUUCUGAAAUUAACAUGUCCAAAGGAGGGGAAGUUUCUAAAAGACGCAAGGCUCACCUGAGGCGCUUGGACCGGCGAUGGACACUGGGAGGGAUGGUCAACAGGCAGCAGAGUCGAGAGGAGAAAUAUGUCACCAUCCAGCCAUACACCAGCCAGGGGAAGGACGAAAUUGGGUUUGAUAAAGGAGUCACCGUGGAGGUCAUUCAAAAGAACUUGGAAGGAUGGUGGUACAUAAGGUAUUUAGGCAAAGAGGGCUGGGCCCCAGCCUCAUAUCUGAAGAAAGCAAAAGAUGAACUUUCAUCCAGGAAAAAAAACUUAACAGGGCCAGUGGAAAUUAUCGGAAACAUCAUGGAAAUUAGCAACUUGUUGAACAAGAAGUCUUCCAGUGACAAAGAAACCCAAUCGGAAAUCGAAACAGCAGAAUCUCACAUCAACAAGAAGGAAAUCAGCUUGCCUAUCUUAUGCAAUGACUCCAAUGGCAAUUUCAUGACAACUCAAGACAAGCAGGUUUCAAAAUUGGCACAGGGAUCUCCGGCCAUAGCACGGAUUGCACCACAAAGAGCCCAGAUAAGUUCCCCAAAUCUAAGAACCAGGCCUCCUCCCAGAAGAGAAUCCAGUUUGGGCUUUCAAUUACCUAAACCCCCUGAGCCACCAUCAGUAGAAGUUGAAUAUUAUACUAUUGCCGAGUUUCAAUCUUGUAUCUCAGAUGGGAUCAGUUUCCAUGGAGGACAAAAGGCAGAGGUGAUUGACAAAAAUUCUGGUGGCUGGUGGUAUGUGCAGAUUGGCGAAAAAGAAGGCUGGGCUCCAGCAUCAUACAUUGAUAAAAGGAAGAAGCCCAAUUUAAACAGGCGAACAAGUACUUUGACCAGACCCAAAGUUCCUCCCCCUGCACCUCCCAAUAAACCAAAAGACUGUGAAGAAAUAACAGCUACUGGAACCAUAGCUUCAGGAAAUACCCAAGACUCCCCUCAGAAGCAACAAUACGAGGAGCCUGAAUAUGAUGUCCCUGCCUUUGGUGUUGAUUCAGAAUCAGAGCUGAGCCAAGGAGAAGAUGGAAGCUUGGAGGGAGGCACAUUCUAUCUAUCCAAGCCUUCUCCUGUAUCAUCCCUCCAAAGGGCAAAAUUCAGAGUUGGAGAGUCUUCUGAGGAUGUUGAUCAUGAGGAAGAGACUAUAUAUGAAAACGAAGGCUUCCGACCAUACAUAGAAGAUUCUCUGUCAAGUAAAGAAUCUAGUGGAGACUCAGAUUCCCAAAGAAGUUCCUCUCUGUCUUUGAUCCAAAAAGGUUCUCCAUGCUCUGUUUCUCCUAAGUCCUCCCUUCCAAAACCCAAAUGUGAGAAGAGCAUUCAGCCAACUCUUGGGAAGCCUCACUAUUCCCGGAAUGAAGAGACGAAGCCAAGGUCAGCCUCUGAUGCUGGAUUAAGUAUUGUGCCCAAAUCAGGCAUAAAGAAGGAUAUCGGGGAGACCCUGUCUAGUAGAGCAAAGCCAAUGGUGCGACCCAAACCUUUCUUGAACAAAGCAGACUCUCAAAGUAAGGACAAGAUGGAUAUCAGCACUUUACGUCACCAGCUGAGACCAACUGGGCAGCUCAGAGGUGGACUUAAAGGUUCACGAAGUGAAGAAUCUGAAAGCCCACCUCACAGUGCUUCUGGAAAUCUAGAUGAGUCCUUCAGAAGAUGUUCUGCAGAUCUCAUUACAUCAUCUUCCCAAGUUAUAGUCUACUCGAGCGAGCCAACCAAAGCAGAGAAUGAAAACAACUCUUCAAAAUCUCUCUAUGUAACUAUUGAUUCCUACCAAAAGGUUCAAGAUUCUGAGAUCAGCUUUCCAGCAGGAGUAAUAGUGGAAGUGCUAGAAAAAGAAACAAGUGGGUGGUGGUUUUUGAAAUAUGGAGACACAGAGGGCUGGGCUCCUUCUCACUAUCUGGUGCUCUCUGAUAAUCAGCAUCGGGAAACCAUUUCCAGUGAGACAAACAUCUCACUGGCUAGAAACAGAAAAAAUGAAAACAAAUCCAACAGCUUGGAGAAGAUAGAGAAGAAGGUCCAGGCAUUGAACACUAUCAACCAGAGCAAGAGGACACCUCCUAUUCCCAGUAAACCACCUGGUGGCUUUUCCAAAACAUCUGGGCCUGUCAAACUGCGAAAUGGCAUUAGGCAGCUAGCAGUGAGGCCACAAUCCGUGUUUGUCUCCCCACCAGCUAAAGAUAAUAAUUUGCCCUGCUCUCUCCGUCGGAAUGAGUCUCUUACCGCCACAGACCACCUAAGGGCAGUACGACGCAAUUCUUCCUUCAGCACUACUCAGUCCCAGACAAGUGAUUCAAAAAUAAAACACGCUGAUCGAAUAGGCUCUGAGGGUUGUGACAGUACCACUUACCUACCAGCUGAGCGCAAUGGAAUCCCAAUUUCCACAGUCCGGCCUAAGCCCAUUGAAAAAUCCCAGUUCAUCCACAACAACCUUAAGGAUAUAUAUGUGUCCAUUGCAGAUUAUGAGGGUGAUGAAGAAACUGCUGGAUUUCCAGAAGGUGUCUGCAUGGAGGUACUGGAAAGGAACCCAAAUGGCUGGUGGUACUGUCAGAUCAUGGAUGGAGGGAAACCUUUUAAAGGUUGGGUACCCUCAAAUUAUUUGGAGAAAAAGAAUUAAUUCCAAUAUCUUCAAAUACCUUAAUUUAUACUUCCCUACUAAGUACAUAUGAGGGAGAAGGGGAAAGUUUAGGUUUUUCCUUUUGUUCUGUCAUGGAUACAAAUGACUGUUGAAGUGAAAUUUGCUAUGAACAGCAAGUCUGCCAUUGUUGGAAGGAAGUGGCUCAUUCAAGAAAAUAUCAAGAAAAGUCAGCUGAAAUUGGCAUCCCUGAGCUUGUAUUGCUGUUGGUUUUGGUGAAACCUUUCACAAUUUGAGUGCAAAAGGGUACAUUAUACCAUCAUCCUGGUUGUAAUAAUAGGAAACCAAAUUUGUGCCUUUCACAUUAUUGUUUGGACCCAUGCACAGCUUGGGAAUGGUCAGGAGUUUAAUGCCAAACUGGACAUGUGUAAACAUAUAUCAGCCUUCCACGUGGAGUGUGUAUAAUUGUUUCCAAGCUGUGGAUGACUUUCCUCCCAAGGCAUCUUUCAAGUAUGCAGAACAAGUGGGGAAACUUCUGUGAGAAAUCCAGCACCAGCCCCCUGGCAAUUGCAUUUUUCCCAAUCGUUUGAAGACUCAGGAGCCUUUUCACUGUGCUGUGCAGACUCCAUACCCCUAUUGCUCCAUUUUUCCCAAUGGCUUCCUUCAUGUUUUUUCUCCUGUAAUGUUCUCUGUGUGUCAACAUUUUCAGGAAGGGGGUCAUUUUAAAGAGAAAAAUAUUAUUUGAAUUUGAAAUGUAAACAAACUUGAUGCAGCUCCUAGUUGUAAACACACUACAAAUGAUGUGUUACACACAUGUGCACACUGCUUAGUCCCUUGUGUUUUACAUAGGCCUUCUAAAAGCCUUUGUCGCACAGUCCUGCUAUUCAAAGAUCCAUGUUUGGACUGUGAAGUUGCAGUGUUUCAUCUUUGCUCAAGGAACAUUGGUUGCCAGUAUCUGAGAAGAGGAAGCCACUGAUACAUGAACUGCAACAUUUCUUUUUUCUGGAUCAUGGCUCAUCAGGAUUUGACUGCCUGGCCAGCUGGAAGGAAAGUGCUUUUCAUACAGUUUUAUCCUUCUCUUUUUGUUUAGCUCUUCCUUUUGCCUGGUGCAGAGCCUUAGCGUAUUCUGCCUGGCCUGUUUCCAUCAGAGCUAUAAUGCUAACGUUAUGGAAGGGUCCUUCUCCCAUCCCAAAGCCUCACAGGACUUCCAGUUCUUGUGCCCAUGUGUACCACAGCUCUACCUGGGAGACCAACUCCAUGUUCCUUGUGCCACAGCUCCAGUGACCCCUUCGCAGACAUCUGUGUAGGUCUAGAUUGUGAUCGCCCCACAUGCCCAUUAUCUGAAAGUGAGGGCCAGUUCAGAAAAUCAGAAUUUCUUGUACAAUGGAUCCUAGCAAUCAGGAUGCGUUACACAGAAGGGAAAAAAGGAAAAGAUUUAAGAAAUGAUAGCUACUUCCAGGUAAUGGGCUAUUGUUUUGCAGGGAUUUGCCAUUCCUUCUUGUGAAGUGUUCCCAGGGAUUGGAUUUCCAUUCUGUGUACAAAGAAGCAUGGAAGGUCCACACUUGUAAGGAGAGUCAUAGGUCCUUGAAACCUCAAUACCUAAUUGCCCAAUUUGCCUUCUCCUUCAGGUCUGUGUGAAGAUUGUGUACACAGAUUUCUCUCCGAACACUACAUUAAGAGGGGGCAAUGGCUCAUGUGCAUUCCCAGUGCAUGUGUCCUCACAUUUUAAUGAUGGAAAGAAUGACAGUGUUGAAGCUGCAUAUGGAGCUCACAUUGACCACAUGGUUUAGGAAAAGGCAAAUGUGUUUAGGCUUAAAAGUGGAAAGAGCCCAAGAGCUUUUUUAUUUAAAUGUCAUUUCCAAACAGUAUCCAGUCUCAUGUAGUAGAGAUGCAUCAAUGUUUACAAAGUUGAAUGGGAGAGAGGAAAAGCCAUGGAUUUUACUAUCUACACAGAUCUUUUUAGUUUGUAUAUGGGGUAGGAAGGGUGAUUUUUAUUUGUGAACAACUAUGUUCUCAACAGGUAGCUUUCCCCUUUUAAGAGCACGUAGAAAAUCACUCUUCUGUUGUAUCCACUUGAACAGGACUUUUGUAUUGGGGGAGAAACACUUGAACUUUUCAGACUCAAGGGGCAAAUGAGUGAGAGCACCAUUAGGCUGAGAAGGUUACUAUGCAGCAAGCACAGGCUCACUUAUGUGUGCUCUUUCCCUCCCUCAGUUUUCCCCUCAUUAUUUAUAAUUCCAAGAGUUUUUAAAAAUAUAGCAUUAGGUGGAAGAGCAUGAAACCGAAGAAAACCACUGCGGGGAAAGGAAUAGAGUACAGAGUGUCUUUAUUUUUGAUGUGGCCUCACAUACCAGCCUUUAAAUAAACUUUAUAAUGGUUAAAGAACCACCAGAAGGCCUUUCCUUAUGAACAUUGAAGAUCAGGUGAGUGUAUCAUUAUCUCGAGGCUUAGCAUUUUAUGUGUGGAAAGAAGAAAACUAGUUGGUUUCGCUAUGAAAUGUUUACAUAAAGUAAUACAUACGUAACCCAUACAUUUUCUAGCAGCACUUUCAGCCUGCUAUGAAUUGGAAGAUCAAAGAACAGGAAGAUUUUAAAGAACUCAAGAUUUUUAAUAGAAAUCUUCCAAAGCAUUGGAAAUGUAUGGUAUUAGGAGAUUUGUGUCUUCCUGAAAAAUUAUAUAAUUUUCACUUGAUUCUUGUCUCUUACUAUUAAUUUUUAACUGUGUGUUACAUACAUUAAGUUUCAAUGAUAAAUGGCAAUGGGUUGAUUUCCAAAGCUCAUGGAACUUUUAGUUACAUCCAAUAAAGCGUCAUUAAAAUAUGUCACUCUCCCCAAUUCUCCAUCCUGUGACUGUGGCUAAAUCAGCAAGGGAGAAAGGACUGACUCUGGGGAAGGGAGGCUGAAGAGCCCCAUUCGAUGCCACUUCAAAUCCAUGGGAAGAAGAGAGCGGUCUACCCUACAUAGGAGAACGGUGUGGAUUUUGUUAGGAGCUCUUUCUAGUAGAUCCAUGUCACAUCAUUUUUUUAAAAAGUUCUGCUAAAACAUGAGCAGCUAUUUACUGGGCGGCCGGAGUGGCUGUCAGAUUUUAAUAGAAGUAUUAUGUUCUUCUGCUGGACAGUAUUAAAUAGAGCAAAACCAUAAAGUAAUCUGCUAGAUUGCAGUACUAAUAGUAGUGAUUUAGUAACUUGUAUUAAUGUUUAUGAUUUAUUUUUUUAACAAUAAUGAUGAAGAAGUUGUUCAUUAUUUUUUAAUUAAUGCACUUUAACAAUUUUCAACCAAGAUCCAGAAAAAAAACAAGUGCAUUAUUUAAAGAUGCAGUAUAAAUUGUCAUUUUUUGGAAAAAAAAUCACCUAUUUAUUAAUGUAAUUUAUGAUUAUUUAAAAAAAUUGUACUAUACAGUUUUCUUCUAAAGAUGCCAUCAUCUCUUGGGAAAGCUAAAAGUGAAGCCUCCCAACCUUUCUGCAUUGAGCCAAUGGACUCUCAAAAUAAGUAGAUUCAGUUAGCAAAAGUCAACUUCCCAUGAAAAAAAAAGGGACAAAUAUUUCUGAGCAGCAAGCAGAAAAUUGGCUAAUAAUGGUCCUGGGCAGACAGAGCCCUGAAAAAUAGUUGGAGGAGAAUCUAAUCCAAAUGUUAGGUCAUAGUUUUAUACUCAUUCCCUAAAUCCAGUUUAAUACCAUUCGGCAUUAGGCUGGGAUGUCAGUGUUGUAGUCUGGUGGCAUUCAGACUAUUUACCAUUUGUACUGAAAGAAGUGAUUAUACCCUAACUUUGUUAGAGUCCUAAAUAUGCUCCCUUUAAAAAUGUAUUCCAUACUGUGUCUGAAACAUGUCCUUUGUUCUUUCAGUACAGUUUUCCUUCAUGCUGUCCACUUUGUCAGUACUAGUAACUGUACAAUACUAAAAGCAGGGGUGAUACCUAUAAAGGCAGGCUUCUUUCUGGUAUCUCCUUAUUAUGAGUCUAAUCACCCACCAGUAUUAUUUCAGAUUCUAAAACGCUCAGGCUAACAGAAGUACCCAAGGAGCUGGUUUCUAAUGUAUUUAAAAUGCAAUGUUUGAGUGAAUGGCAAACAUCUAAACUCAGCACUCUUAGAUCUGCAUUCACCUGCUAUUCAUGAUCUUGCUCCUUAUUUUAAGAAAUGCACACAGAUAUCUCAAGUAGUCCCAGCACUUGGUAGGCUGAGCGUUGAUUUCAUGGUGUUUGAAAGUAACAUUCAAGUCCAGGAAAAAAGAAAGGAUGUAAAGGGCACUAGCAAGCACCUUUAAAAAAAUUUAGUCAGUCUCACUGUUUCCCACAUGUAUUAUUUAUAUUAUUUGUUCCAGUAGUUAUUAAGUCAUAUAGAAAUCAUCUUAUUAAAAAGAAGAAAUUAGAGAGUCUAGGGCAGGGAUGUCAAACUCAUUUUUACCAAGGGCGGCAUCAACCUUCAAAGGGCCAUUGGCUUCUUUUAUAUAGUCCUACAAUUACUAUGUUGCCGUGCAUUGAAAGCCUCACAGGCCACAUAAAAUGAUGUGGCGAGCCAGAUUCGGCCCACUGUAUAUGAAGUAAUACCGUUUCACACAUGUGGUUUAGGAGAACUUCUAGGAAGAGCCAUGCAGGAUGACCAAACUUUUGCCUAUAGAAAGACUGCCUGUAAAACCAUCUCUUACAUUGGAUUAAAUGUCUUUAUGAUCUCCCUUUACAAACAUGUCCCCAACUGUUUGCAAUAUUUCUGUCCAAAAUUCUUAAUGCUAAAACAAAAUUUGCUUAAACAUAUGGGAAUUAAAUCAUAUUUAUUAAACUAUAAUGCUUCCGGAAUUAUCUAAUUUUUUUUACUAUUGGGAAAACUGAGCUACUGAAUAAAAUAUUUUGUGAAGUCAACGAGUGCCCUCUUGUGGAUGGAGGAGUGGCUUCUUUCUUCCUAAUUUAAAUUACCAGGAAUGAUUGAGAUAGCAAAAAGUCAAAACACAGCUUAAUUUUUUAUUUAAAAAUCCCAAAAUUUGAAAAACUUGUUCUGCUGUAUACUGCAACUUUAAUGAUAAUGAGCACUUCUGAGUUCGUUAUUGCGGUUUUAUAUAAUGCCUGAAAAGAUACUUUGCUAUUUGUUCAUUUUUCUAAAUUCUAGUUAGCACUACAUCUGAAGUUUAUUUCUAUUUGACUUCACUCGCAUAUGCCUUGUUGCCCGUUUUAAUGUCUGUGUAAUUGUGAUUGAUGCUUAAACAACAACAAAAUCACACGAGGCAAUAAGCCUUACCUUGGCUGCUAAUAUGCUUGAAUGAUCCACCACACAGAGAACAAUGUUUUUCAAUAUGUAAAAAAGUAAUGCAGCAGAUAGUAAUCUAUGCUGGAAACCUUCUCAAUAUCUUGUUUCCUUCAGAGCUUGGUGAAGUUAUUUUUUUCCCUACUAUCAAAGAUAAUCUCCAUCAGCAUGGAGAAUUCUGGGAAUUGUAGCAAAUAAAGUUCCUUCAGUUUUUUGACACAAUAGAUUUGUGUUUUUAUUUUUAUUUUUUGGCACAGUGGAUCCUUCAAGCACUUUAGUCUCCAAAUGUGAUACAGUCCAGACACAGUUCCACUAUAUCUCGUCUACUUUUGUAAGAAGUAGACAUCACUGAACUUUAGUAUCUGGGAAACUCUAUUAAAAAUUCUAUCAAGGCUGGUAUCCAUAGGUCUCUUUAGGCUAGUGUAAGAGAUAUGCAGAAUUAUUUGAAUUCAAACUUCAUUUGAACAAUGGGUCUGUUCCCUUUGUGGCUAUAUCACAAAUGACUUAUUAAUGUGGCCUACGUUUCUGAAUCAUUUUUCCAUGUAGUGUUGUGUCAUGCAGCAAAAGGGGUGAGGGAGCAUAAAAGCUGAAGAAAAUUCUGUAUAAAGCUCCUUUGGGUUCAUAGUUUCCCAGGUUUGUGAAUACUGGUCAGCUUUCCUGCAAUUGAGACUUUUGCCAAAACCCAUCUCUGAGUUAAAAAAAAAAUGACACACUAGUUCCAUAAAACAUUGACAAGAAAUUAGGUUCCAUGGUCUCCAGUAGGACUUGCUUUCUGGACCUUGCUCUAGUAAGGUCCCCAGCCUUGAUUGAGAAUAAAAUAUUUUGGUGGAACUUUCUCAUUUACAUGAGGCAAACAAAUGCAUAUGAAUUUCAAGUUACUCUGCAGUACCAAAGAGCUGCUUUUGCUCCAGUGAGCUGGUUGCAAAAGUUCCCUUCAGUAGCAACACUGAACAUUUUGACGAAGGCAUUAUAGAAUUAUUUUUUAAAACUACUUUCAAAUAUUAGUGUGGCAUAUUUUAUUGUAAGAUUAUACUAAAAUUAUACUUUUCUCUGUUAAGAAAUGUGUUACUGCUUUUCAUCAUUUAUGAAAGGAAUCUAGUAAAAUGUUCAUUUCCUAUUGCUAGCAUCUACAGAAUAGAAAUUGUAUUUCAGUUUAGUUCAUUUACAAUUUUUCCUUAUGUGUUUUGGUCUCCUUUUUGUUGUUGUUGUGUUUUUCCCAAAUAUUUUGCAUUCUCAAGAUAAAAUCCAGUUAGAGGAUAUGUGCAAUAUUGAAAAGAAACAGGCCCCUCAGCCAGGACUUGGAUGUGGAACACACAGUGUGAUAUUUCUUUGAAGUCUGUCAUUUUCUAAAGAUGCACUCUGUAGAAAGACUCGAGGGUUGAGGAACAACAAGGGAGCAAAGGGGAGGAGAGGAGGAGGUAGAAGUCUGGUACAAAUGGAUUGUGCGAGUUUGGUAGUGAUUGCACAGUUGCAUCACAUUCGAACAAAACUUUUAGGAUUGUGAGUGUUACAGUCAGUGUUCAGCUUCCUCGUUAUGGCAUUCUCAUGAUUUGGUUGCAUACCUUGCUCUGGCCGAUAGCUAGGACCCAUAUGGUCAUCCAUACAUUAUAAAGGUAAAGGUUUCCCUUGACGUUAAGCCCAGUCAUGUCUGACUCUGUGGGUUGGUGCUCAUCUCCAUUUCUAAGCCGAAGAGCCGGCGUUGUCUGUAGACACAUCCAAGGUCAUGUGGCCGGCAUGACUGCUUGGAGCACCGUUACCUUCCUGCCAGAGCAGUACCUAUUGAUCUACUCACAUUGGCAUGUUUUCGAACUGCUAGGUUGGCAGAAGCUGGAGGAACAGCGGGUGCUCACUCUGCUCCCGGGGUUUGAACCUGGGACCUUUCGGUCUGCAAGUUCAGCAGCUCAAUGCUUUAACACACUUCGCCAUCGGGGCUCCAUCAUCCAUACAUUGCUAGACUGCAAUGUCCAGCAUUGCUCAAAUAUAGCAAUGCUUGCUGCAGCCAACAACAUCAUCCAGGGUGCAACAACUCACCCAUCCAUGCUCCAGUUAAGCAAAAUGAUUUUUUUUAUUCCAUUGUAAGUUCAGUGGGACUUGCCCAUAAGUAGACAUGUGCAGGAUUAGACAUGACAAACAAGUAGACAUGACAAAUAUAUAGGGAAAAGCAUUCCUAAAUAUACAUCAGUUGUGAAGAUCAAUUGCACACUCGUCAAAUAUUUCUGUCCCCCAUGUUCACUGUUUUUUUUUUGUUUGUUUGGGUUUUUUUGUGAGUUAAGCCAGUUAAAGAGUAAGAAGAUGCUUGGUGUAAGUUUCAGCAGGAUCCGUUUAGUAUGAAAACCAAAGGAACUUAUUGAUAUCAUUACCGAUCUAGUUUCAAGGCCUUUCUAUCUUGCUUUAGAACAGUGGUUCUCAACCUGGAGUCCCUAGAAUUUUUGGCCUACAACUCCCAGAAAUCCCAGCCAGUUUACCAGCUGUUAGGAUUUCUGGGAGUUGAGGGCCAAAACGUCUGGGGACCCACAGGAUGAAAACCACUGAUUUAGAAGAACCUGUGUGCUUCAUUUUAUUUUUAGAUCUUACCAGAAUCCUUUUUUUCCAGCAGCAAAUUCAGAGUGGUUGGAUGAAAAAAUGGCCACUUUAAUUUAGAUUAUAAAUGAAGUAUUUGUGACAUAUACUUGCAGUAAUAUUAAAAGUAAAUAUAAAUAAAGCUGCUGCCAUCUGUACAGGUAUGGGCUAUCUUUUCCUUGAAAACCAAACUUUAAGGAAACUUUCACUUUUAAUUUCCCAAGGCUACUGUGGAACUUCAGAAAAGACAGAGCAAGGCUGUGAGUGCCACUGCAUGCAUGCAUGCAUGCAUGUGUGUGUGUGUGUAUGAAUACAUAGAUGUUCAAUUUGGUGGCAUGUUCUAUUUUAAUAAUUUUUCUCCUGAUUCUUAAAAACAUCAAAAUUAAAAUUGUUUAGGAUGCAGAAAGACUUAGUUUUGUGGAUAAAUUAUUCCAAACCAGAACUUGGUAAAGUUGGGGAAAGCAAUGCUCUAGCAAUGCUGCUGUAGCUUGUAGUUAAAAUUUUAGUUAAAAAGUAGCUUUUCCACACUCACUGCUCUAGAUAUAGUGGGCCACUAGAAUUACUUUUUGUACAUGAAGAUUUGUGACACCACCCAUGCCUUCUCCCUUCUGUCCAUGGCCGUUUCCCAUGAACCUCAUUCCAUUGGCUAUGAAAGAUCCCAGAUUGUUCACCUCCAUUGUUUUGUUUCUUUAGUUUCAUGAAUAUUCAACUUGUGCACACAACAUACCCAUGUUGACCAGGGGAACUAUGCUGCUGCUGAACUGUAAUGCUACACUUUAAAUAUCAACUGGAUUUCUGCUGCUAUAUCGAAUCCAUCUGCCACAAUCCAAGCCUCCUCCUAGAUUCUAGAUGAUCCAAAUGCACAUGCACACAAUUAAUUCAGGGGUACUGUACAUAUUCUAAGCAUUAGACAGGUACGGUUUGGGAGAAUACUGUAUAAUUUUCUUUGUAAAUAUUUUUAUCCACUUUUUUAAUGGAUGUGGGUUCCCCCUCUCCAAGAUAGAUGUGUAGAAAUCACUGGCAAUGUAUGGAAAUCUCAUCAGGCCCUUAAAUGGUCUCAUGGGCUUCCUGUCUUUGCUCCAAGUUUUCUAUGUGGUGUCUCAUUUCAUCUACCAUAUCUAUUCACAGGUUUUAUUUUAUUUUAUUUUUGUAAUUUCUAAUAAAUCAAGUACUGUACAUGUGGCCUUUCCCAACAUCCUUGGAGGGCAGUGAAUUGGAACUUUUCCCUCAGGCCCUUUAGUUGCUAUUGUGCAGCUUCUAUAACUCUGACUCUAUUAAAUUCAGAGAUUUCUGGAAGAGCAAUUAAGAGAUCCCUCAUUUUUGGAGGGACUUGUAUUUGUGUGUGUGUGUGUGUGUGUGUGUAAGAAAGAGAGGGGUGCGAGUGCUAAUGCAGAGCAUUAAAAAGUUAAUUUUUUGGACUAUACCUCCCAAGGAUUCCUCAGCCAAGAUAGCCAUAUUCUCAGGAAUUCUGCACAUUGUAGUUCAAAAAUCAACUUUUUCAGGCUCUGGUGUUAAUAUACUGGUGAAAGGGUUUGAUAGAGUUGUAUCUUUGGUAAAGGUACAGGUUUUCCAGGCCUAUCAUGACCACCAUUCCCAAUAGGAAUCAUAAUUGUUUUCAGGGUUUUUUCCCCACUCCUCUUUAUAAUAAAAUUGCUCAGAUUCAGCGUGGCCAAAGGUGAAAUCCAUGAGUCCCUUUCAGCCUAGGUUUACUGGGUGGGCUGGCCCCAUGCAGCAUCCAUUUAGUUGUUGGCAUGAGUGCAAUUUCUUCUUUAAAAUCCCAACUGACAGAAAGCUUCACACUGUUGUUUUCACACAUUCAUUGCAACACUACAUCUUCUAGUGUCCUGUGUUGAGACUCCUGUUAUGAAAUUGAAUUGGAUGGCCGAGUACCUAAUAUUUUGGUAAUGUUCAAAAAAACGUAACUGGAUCAUGACUGUGGGAAGAAUUGAUUUGAUUUUCCAAAAAGAAAGAAGGAAAAAAACAAACAAAUUGAACCAGAUAUAUUCAUUGAUGUAACUGUUGUUUUGAUUCCCUUGGUACUUUCUGUACAUGUUAAAAUAUAUACACCGCUCUGUGUGUCAAAACGCAUCUUCUGUUAUUGCAAAAUGGUCAGAGUUAUACAUUGCAAUGCAACCCGAGUCUGUAUCCUGAGGUUCAUGGUCUGACAACAUAUUACAUUUUGUAUUUAUCAAGAGAUCCUCUGCCUGUGGGAGACAAAAAAUGUAAAACUUUAUGAAAUGAAAUGAUUGAAGCUGGCAUGACAGCAUAUAAUGGUUAUGUUUUGAGCUGGCUUCUAACCAAGUGGCUCUCCUCUGUUUAAAUGAAGUGAACUGUUACUGAGAAGUGAGAGAUGGAGCCAGCUGGUGAUCUCACAUUUUGCAGCAUUUCAAAUCUUGCUCUCUGAGCAUUGUUGGCAUUGCCAGAUUUCCACCUACAGAACUUUAAGCCAGAACUUUAUGGAAACUGACGUGUCCCAAGUCUAACAGCCUUUUACUAUGCAAAAUGGUAACAUCACAGUGGAUAAUUGUUUAAUAAUAUUAGAGAUGAAGGGAGUAGAAACUACAUCAGUGGUUUGUGUUACAGUUCAGGUCCUCUUGUAGUUAGAGCUUUGUGCUUCCAGUGAGUCUCUUGUAACUAUUGUUGUCUCGUGUAAAGAGAAUGUUACCCUUAAAAGUCUGGGAGAGUAUGUUGGGAAGUUGAUGGUGAAGGAUGUGUGGUUGGUCUUUGGGUUUUGUGAUAUUGAUGGGCAGUGUAGUGUUUUGCCUGGUUUGUUCCCUUAGGGGCCGUUUGUCUAGAAGCUAGAUUUGUUACUAGCACUAUGUAGGUUGAAGGUGGAGUAGGUCGGUGGGUGGGUGUUGCUGGUGUAUUUGUUUCAUGAAAGGAUCUAGGAGGGAAUCACUUGUGGCAUGCAUUCUAGCAAGAGAGAAAAUACUUUGGUGAUAUUUACUGCUUUCAAGAGAGGAAGAAAAUGAACUGGUAAGACAAAGAGUACGACCAUCUAAGAACCAACUAAGGGAACCAGCAAUUUGAAAAGCUAAUCCUGUUAAGCAAAAAACAUUUAGACAGGGGGGAAAACUUAUGUGAUUACAGCUUUUCUGGUUUUGCCAUUGGGUGUACAAACUUAAUAUUGUAUACUUGAAUUCGUUAUGAAAGGUGGCUGGGAAAUAAUGUGAAAAUUACAAAUCUGUUUGCAUAGUAAUUUGGCUUCUUACAAGACUGUUGGUCACACAAUCAAAAGCCAUUUUGGCCAGCAUGAUUAAGUUUAAUUAAGUCAAUACACAUUACUUUAAGAGAACACAGCUAUGGUGAAAUUGGCUUGCAACGCUUAUGUCAUGGUGUCUUGUCAUAUGUCUUAAAUACGUAUAUUAGUCUGUAGGAAACUGGCAGCAAAAAACAAUACUUGAUUUGAUUUUCCUUUGCAGAUUCUGAAGCUGGUUUUAUGUAUCAACACAAAUUUAAUAGAGGAGACAAAAUAUUGUGAUGAUCUUUUAUUAUAACUUAUGUUAUUGGGAAUGAGAAUUUGUUGGUUGGGUUUCCUCAUUUCCAGAUUUCAUUUCGGAAUGCUGGGACAUCUUUCAUGAAUAAUGAAUUCUCAGUUCCUCGUGGUUUCACCUUGUUUGAACUAAAAGCCAGUAACAGAACAAUUUGUUGAUGCGCAUUCAGUCUACAUUAUCUAUGCUAGGCUGGCUGUCAGAUCCAGAAUAGGUUAAGAGGCAAAGACUGAAAUCUUGCAAUGUUGAAAGUCUCAAAAUGUGUCUCUUGGCUACAGCACAUAGAUUGGAUUAAGUGUGGUCUAAAAGACAUUUAUGUCAUGAUUUACAGUGUGACUCGGCUUCCCCAUAAUAAUAAUUUUUAAUUUGUUCAAGAACAAGCCUGAAACCCUGCGUACUCUUAACUUGAGUAAGUCCCAUUGAACUAAGUAUAAUGUUGCUGUGCGUGCUUAGAAGGGACUUGAGCAUACUAAAGAUAGAGUCUUAAUUCUCAUCUAGGCAAACUAUUUUCCAUAUUAAUCAGAAAUAAAGUACUAGUAAAAAUAUAAGUUAACUGUAGCAGUGAAUGAAAUGGGUGUCAAACUUUGCAAUAGAAGUAUGAGAGUAGAACUGGGAAGAAAUAUUUCCAAUGAAUUCCCAAUGUUUUAAAGUACUUUUUUGAACUUUCCUUGAGAUCUGCACUGCAUAUAAGUACAUCGCUUACACAUAAUGAUACCUAUGUAUCCCUUGCUGUUUAUCAGGGAUAUUAGACCCAAUUCUCAGGUCAUAUGCAGCAGCUCAAAAAUUAAGAAUUGUGCCCAGCAUCCUUUGAAAUCUGGGAGCAUAAUUCUUUGGAGUAUGUAGCUCUUAUCUUUCUGGGUGACCCAUGGAAAUUUUCCCUUCUACAAGUAAAAUUCCUAUGAGAAGUCAUGCCAGCAGUAGGGCAAAGGUGUUCCCUUUUUCAAGGGAAUUCAAGAGACUCUGGUCUGCAGCCUCUCAUUUAUUUCCAGGUUCUUGCAAUGUGAAACCACAAAUCAACAUUCAGUGUCUCAGGCAGAAUGGAUUUCCUUACUAACUGUACCUCACUGUCAUCAACCAGUUUACUCAUUGCUUGGACCAAAGGUGGUGCUAAUAUGAACUUUAAUUUCUAUAUUUAUGUUUUUUUUGUUUGGGAUUUAAGUAUGUGUUGUUGUUGUUUUUUUAAAAAAAUGGUAUGUCUUUAAAGCAAAGAUAUAGUGACCUGUUCAGCUUUAAAAAAUAACUAUUUACCCUUGGCAUCAGACUCUUUGAAAGUCACAUAAUAUCAUUGACAUUUAGAUAUUGUUAUGUUUUUAACUGGCCAUAUUUUUUGUUUGAAGUGAAUGAGGUAACAGAGACUCUUAUCUUCAAAUGUUUGCAAAUUGUAAGUUUUUUAAAAAAAAAAUCCAAUCGUUUACAUGCUUUCUUCUGUGUCCUAUGGGGAAUAAAGUUUUUGAUCAUUUUAAUUGUG